CCUCAUUCUUACAAACUCAUUGCAAUAUUUAUCUUUCUCUUUCCCUACACCGUCUUUGAAUCAUGGGAAAGUUUGCCCUAGCUAAUGUCCUAUUGUUCCUUCUCCUUAACCUCACAACCUUCCUCAAUGUUCUUGCUUGUCCUUAUUGCCCUUAUCCUUCUCCUAAGCCCCCAAAACACACUCCCAUAGUGAAACCACCCAAACCAUGUCCACCACCCCACUCAUCUCCCAAACCUCCACAUGUGAAUCCACCCUAUGUUCCAAAACCCCCUCACUACCCUAAGCCACCAGUACAUCCACACCCACCCUAUGUCCCAAAACCCCCUCACUACCCUAAGCCACCAGUGCAUCCACACCCACCCUAUGUCCCAAAACCUCACCCUAGACCGCCAGUUCACCCACAUCCCCCUUAUGUUCCACUACCCCCAGUUGUCAAACCACCCCCAUAUGUCCCCAAACCACCGGUUGUCACACCACCUUACAUCCCUAAACCACCGGUUGUCACACCACCCUACAUCCCUAAACCACCGGUUGUACCAGUUAUUCCUCCUUACAUCCCAAAACCUCCGGUUGUCCCCGUUACACCUCCUUACGUUCCUAAACCACCAGUUGUUCCCGUUACACCACCUUAUGUGCCAAAACCACCCAUUGUGAACCCUCCUCCUGUGGUUCCUUUGCCACCAGUUCAACCAACUCCACCCACUGUGACACCCCCAAGCCCUCCAAGUGAAACACCAUGUCCACCACCACCACCAGUGGUGCCAUACCCUCCACCAGCACAACCAACAUGCCCUAUUGACUCUCUAAAACUGGGAGCGUGUGUGGAUGUGCUCGGUGGCCUCAUCCACAUAGGUAUUGGAAGCAGUGCUAAACAGACAUGUUGUCCAGUUCUUGCAGGGCUUGUUGACUUGGAUGCUGCAGUUUGUCUCUGCACAACCAUUAGGGCCAAGAUCCUUAACAUCAACAUCAUAAUCCCCAUUGCUCUUCAGCUUCUCAUUGACUGUGGCAAGACCCCACCAGAUGGAUUCAAGUGUGCAGAUAGUUAGAUAAUAAUAAUAUAUAUUUAUCAAGUUUCUUUUGCCUAAUGUUCCCAGGAAUUGCAUAACUCGUGCAUGAAUAAAUGAAGCAAAGUCGAGAAGAUGAAAUCGUUUCUCUUUGAUGAAGUUGUAUACAAAGACAAUUUAACUAAGAGGGAAAUUGGUUUACUUGUUGAGACUAGAUAAUUUUGUGAUGUUCCAUGUUUACAGAGCCAUGCAUCAUUGGCAUGGCAGCAUCAACUUUCAAAAUUUAUGUGCUUUUCUUUCUCUGUUUGUUGUCUUGCAUGUGUGGUUCUGUGUGCAUGUCAGCUUGUGUAAGUUCACCCGUGAGUGAGUGAGUACGUUGGGAAAUGUACAAGUUAAAAGUGCCAAGUUAUUAGUUUUCAGAAUUUUCUUACAAAUGUUUUUUCUGUUA